AUGGCCUGCUGUCACAAAGUGGUGCUGCUGGUGGACACUGCGGCCGACGCCGCUCGCCACAGCCCGGCUCGGCGCGCCGCCCUGCGCCUCCUCACUUAUCUGAGCUGCCGCUUCGGCCUCGCCAGGGUCCACUGGGCCUUCAAGUUCUUCGACUCUCAGGGAGCACGAAGCCGGCCCUCCCGCGUGUCUGACUUCCGCGAGCUGGGGAGCCGCUCCUGGGAGGACUUCGAGGGGGAGCUGGAGGCCAGGCUCGGGGAUCGCGCUCCCGGUACCCACCUGCCCGGCCCGACGCCCAGGGCCACCUACACGCACGGGGCCCUGAUGGAGACGCUGCUGGAUUACCAGUGGGACCGGCCCGAGAUCACGUCGCCCACUAAACCGAUCCUACGGAGCAACGGGAGGAGGCUGCUGGACGCCGACAGCGAAGCCAAGGAGGCUCAGGCCGCGCUCGGGGGCUUUGGGAACGCCGUCUUCCUCCUGGCGCCCUGUCCUCACUCGCAGAGGGAGCUGCUGCAGUUCGUGUCGGGGUGCGAGGCUCAGGCUCAACGCGUGCCGCUCACCCCCAGGCAGGUGAUGGAGAAGGUGUUGCCUAAGAGAGUCCAGGAGGUCAUGAUCCCCCGAAAUAUAACCCUGUAUUGGGUGGACACCACGGAGCGCUCUAAGUUAUGGGCCUCCCCAGACCACAUUGGAUACUGGACAGUUUGUGAACUGCUCCACCAUGGAGGAGGUACCAUCCUGCCAUCUGAAACUUGGAGCUUGGGUUUUACUAAAGCCGGGGAAACAGUGCUGCAGGGUGAUGGUGAGCUGUCACAUGAACCUCACCCUUCCCCAUGGACCUCAGCACUGCCAACAGAUGCCACUGUAAACUGCUUGCUGUAUAAUUCUCCUGAGUAUGAAGCCUCAUUUCCACGAAUUGAAGGAACAUUAUUUCUCCCAGUUAAAGGCAAAGAAAUUCAAGAAACAUGGGCAAUCUCCCUAGAGCCCUUAGCUAUGCAUCAGAGACAUUUUCAGAAGCCAAUCAGAAUUUUUCUAAGAGGCUCAGUGGCACAGUGGUCUCUCCCAAUGAGUAGUGCUUUAGGCACUGACAACUGGAUGCUACAAAGUCCAGAGGAACACAAGUCCACUCAAAGGCUGUUGUUUCAGGAGCUGGUAAGCAGGCUGGCUGCUGAAGAAGGCCAUCUGGUUGCCAGUGUGGAUCUUGGUGAAGGCUGGCCUCCCAUCACAGGAAUUAUUUCCCCACUCUCUGCCAGUGCCAUGAUUCUCACAGUGUUCCGUGCCGAAGAGGCUGAAGUUCAAAGACAUUUUCUCCAGACCACCAUGGCGGAAGGCUCCCAGGAUAUAGCUUCCUCCUUCUCAGAUGUUGUGGAUAGUGUACUGAACCAGCUUAAUAAUUUAUUUGAAGAUCCUGUUUCUUCUGCUCCUUGUGUUCCAGAGUGGGUCCAGCAGGAGCUUAGUCGUACCAGUCCGUGGUGUCCAGCUCUUGUGGAAAAGUGGUUUCCUUUCUCUAAUAUCAGUGGUGCCACUUCACACUUGAUGGAAUCAUUUUGGUUAUUACAGGCUGCCUCACCUGAUAAUGAAGAAGCCUCCAAAACUGAAAGUGAGCUAACACGCUGCCUCUCUGAGCUCUACCAGAGAAACUCUCAUGAAGACUCUACUGUGGUUAAUCAAAAUCGCAGCAGAAAGAAACGUGGUGUCCCUCGAACGCCGGUGAGACAGAAGAUGAAUACCAUGUCCCGUUCCCUGAAGAUGCUGAACGUGGCGAGGCUGAAUGUCAAGGCUCAGAAGCUACAUCCAGACGGUAGUCCAGAUACGGCUGUGGAGAAAGGGCUUCCAAAGACAGUUGUUGGCAGAACAGCAGAUAAACUGGAAGAUAGAGGAAGAGUAUUAAGAAGUUCAAAGCUUAAAGAUUUUAAAACUGAAGAGGAGCUUCUGUCUUACAUACAUGACAACUACCAAAAGACUGUGGCCACGGGAGAAAUCACGUUGUAUUCAUGUGCUCAGAAUAUGGUCUCAACCAUUAAAGCAUUCCUAAAGUCAAAGGAUGUCAAGGAAUUAGAAGUGACCUGCCUGAAUCAUGUGAACAGUAACCUCUUAAAAACCAGCAAAGCUCUCCGGCAGAAUCUAGGAGGAAAGGUGGAUAAAGAAGACAAAGUCAGAGAGUGCCAGCUCCAGGUGUUUCUUCGUCUGGAGAUGUGUCAGCAGUGCCCCUCGAUAAUGGAAAGCACAGAUGAGGUGGAGCAAGUAGUGGAGGAGGUGACAGAUCUGCUGCGCAUGGUGUGCCUCACCAAGGACUCAGCAUACCUGUCAGAGUUUCUGGAGGAGAUUUUGAGAUUGUAUAUUGACUCCAUCCCAGGGACAGUUGGACAACUGUACCACAGCCUGGGACUAAAGGUUCCUCAGAGGCUGGCUGCAGUUCUUCCUACAGAAUUUUUUAGCGAUGAUUCUAUGACUCAAGAGAGCAAGUCACCACCUCUCUCAUCCAGCACUCACAGAUCAGUGCCAGCCAUUACUGAAUCUGAGCAACUGGAGGAGCUGCGGACCAGAUCAGCAAAGAAGAGAAGGAAAAAUGCACUAAUAAGACAUAAAAGCAUUGCAGAGAUUUCACAGACUCUUCGACAGAUUGAAGUUCCUAAAGUGUCCAAGAGAGCUACAAGAAAUGAGAAUUCCCACCCUGCUUCUGUACAACCACCACCCCCAAGGAAAGACACAGUACAAGAAGUGACAAAAGUCCGCAGAAAUCUCUUCAACCAGGAAAUUCUUUCUCCUUCAAAGAAGGGGCAAAAGCAGGGGCUGCCUCGAAGCCAUUCUGUAUCCACUUUGGAAUGUCUACACCAUAAACAGAGCAACCUCAAGAAGGCCAAAAGCAGUACAUUUCAGGGUUAUCACAAACUGCUGACUAAGAGUGUGGCUGAGACCCCAGUCCACAAGCAAAUCUCCAGGAGGCUGCUUCACAGACAAAUCAAGGGCAGGUCUUCUGAUACUGGUCCUGAUAUUCAUGUAGUUGAAGAGUCUCCUGUAAAAGAGGAUGAAUUAAAUUUGAGAAGAAGCCCUCGAAUCAAGCAGUUGUCAUUUAGCAGAACAAAUUCUGGUUCCUUCUAUUCUGUAUCUCAGCCAAAGUCUCGAAGUGUACAAAGAAUCCACUCAUUCCAGCAGAAAUCAGACCAAAGAGAAAAUUUUCCAGUCCAAAGUAUUCGGUCUCCUAAAACACUUCUUUUUGGGGCACUGUCUGAGACACCUGGCUCCUCCAAGAAGGGUUCAACCCGAAUUAAGAGGUCCUCAAGAAACAUGCUGAAUUCUGAGACAUCUACAGCUUACCAGACUCCCAAAAAGAGUACCCAAAAAUCUCCAAGCUUUUCUAAAACUACUCCAAGAAGGUUCACUCAUACAACACAGACCUCACUGUACACUCCACAAAAACUACAAAACUCCCCUACAGAAGUAACACCAGAUGAGGGGGCCGUUUCUACAAAAAACUCCUCCUCACAUGGCAACAGCUCACCAUUGACAUCAAAAGUCACUCCUCAGAAGAGAGCCUCACCGGUGAAAGAAGAGACCUCUCCUCUCCUCACAGAACUACCCAGCACACCCAAGGGGCCAGACGCCCAACCACCUCAAUGCUUGUCAGACUGCGUGUGGCUACACUCAGUGAGUUCCAGUCCAGAAAGUCCUUACUGUCCAGCAUCCCCACCUCCUUUGGCUGCCCAGUCCAGGAGUCAGUGUCUAAGCCCCAUAAGAUACUCCUUCAGAAUACCUCCUCGUACAGCCCUCCCUGGUACACCUGAGCAUCGGAAGAACCAACAGCUCCCUCUCCCCAGGGCCUCUUGGGCACAGGAAUCUGCUCAGAGACUGCAGGAGAAAGCUCUCAACACCCCAAAGAAACAAGCAGACAGAAGUAUUUCUCCAAAGGAACACUUUACUUCUGAACGUGGUGUCUCCCAGUGUCAACUUAGGAAAUCUUUGUCAGCCUCCCCUCCUCCUGGAGAACUAAAAUGGAAAGAACACCAGACAUCACCCGAUAUAGCUACAUCUGUCUCUUACCCUGUUCCCUCAACUCCUCCCAGAACCCCACAGAGACGGGCCGCCAUCCCAAAACCACCUUCUCCGCCAUCUAAGCUUGAGAGACCAUGUAGAAAGACCUCCAGUCCUCCUCAAGACUUCCCAGAGUGCCAUCCUGGACCCUCUGUUGCUCCAGUGCCUGACACAGCUACCAGCCCAGCAGCCAUCACAGGCUGUGGAGGGGAGCGGUCUCAGUCUUCUGAAGGACAGAGUUACCUGGGCACUGGUUUCAGGAGUGCCUGGCAUGUAUCGUCUCCUGUGCUCAUUGCAAGUGACACAGAGUACCUUCCACUGAUUGAUGAUGCCCAACUCCAUAGACUUGAGAGCCAAGAGGUAAAAAGUGGCAACUUGCCCGGGGAAGAAGGUGAAGAGCCAAAGACUACCAUUGCCUAUGAGCUUCCCUUUGUGUCUGACCCUGGGGUUCUUCCACCUGCUCCUGCCUCUGUGUCUAGCUCCCCCGAGCUGCUAUCCUACACCCUGCAUUGCAUGGCAGACAGAAGGCAGAGCCAGUCUGCUGCUCAGCAGGACAGUCCACAAGCUUCAGAGGCCACUGACAGCUCUCAGACCUAUGAGGUUCAGCUAGAGAUGCAAGCUUCUGGCCUUCCCAAGCUCCGAAUUAAAAAAAUAGACCCUGGAGCUCCUUUGGAAGCGGAGGCCCUAGGAAAAGAAAGCCCCCUGGGAGAAGAGGUUGCCCUCUCCGCUCUCAGUAUGCCCAAGGCCAGCAAGUCCUCCGGUAGAGCUGAGCACACUUACUUGUCGCCCCCUUGCCUCCUCCCCUCACACAGCACACCUGGUAAGAAUGGGGGUCAAACCUUCAUCUGCCAAUCUUGUACUCCCUCCCGCUGUCCACCCAGUACUCCCUCUCCGUUUCAAGCAGAUGCCGGGGUUCCUUGGACACCAUCUCCCAAGCAAAGUGGGAAGACCACUCCUGAAAUUAUCAAAGACUGGCCCCGAAGGAAGAAAGCAGUGGACUGCAGUGCAGGUCCUUCUGCUGGGAGAGGCGAGGCCAGUUCGGACUUUCCUGGGGCUUUGUCACUGCAAAGCCUUGAACAUGAUCUAUCUAAGGUUCUUGUCUUGGAGGAUUUUGAACUAGAGGGAGUGUGUCAAUUGCCAGAUCAGUCACCUCCCAAAGACAGUGUAUCUAAGGUUGAGGAAGGAUCCUGGGGACAGUUUGGGUUAGGCAGAAAGAGACCUCUGUCUACCAAGGAAGAAGCUGAAUACGAUGUCAAAAGGGUCUGUGAUUUCCUGAGUGAAGAUCCCCAAGCUAGCAAGCAUAAAGAGUGCUCUCCACACUGGAGUGCGCCAGCACUCCCCUCCGUAGGAGAUGAUGAGGUAUUUGCUUCUGGCUCCACCCCACCCUCUGGCUGUACGGUUCGGAGCUGCCUCUCUGCCAGUGGUCUGCAGGCCCUGACCCAGUCUCCACUGCUGUUCCAGGGAAGAACGCCUUCCUCUCACAGCAAGGAAACCAGAGAUGAGGAUGUAGAUAUAUUUCCCUCCACUGCCGAAGAGUCUCCUUUCAGGCAAACCUUCCGGAAACGGCCCUUCAGAACCUACACAAGGAAGAAGCUUAUUACCUAGUCCUGAUAGAGCAGAGCUGGAGGACUCAG